CAAAAACAAAAAGCGACAGAAAAAAAGAGAAAAAGAAAGCAUAGCCUUUUGCUGCUUGCAUGCUUGCUUGUGUAUGCAAACGCACAGUCCUUUUAUGCACCUAGUCAGACCCAAUCAAAAAAUGCAAAUGAAAAGAGAUCUGAGCGGCGUAUGAUCGGGCGACAUUACAGGCUAAUAAUGAACACCAAUCAUUUCUUUAAUUGAUUGUAAUGGAAAUGAUUGGCCGUAUACCGCAUAUACUCUUGUGACUCUUUUCGAUCUUUACAACGUCAUACAACCAUUACUCAAGAACCAGUGGCGAUGAUCGCAAAGAUAGAAUAAUCAUUUCGCAUCUCUCUAAAUAUCAACCUUAGAUGAUGUCUUCGGCAUCUUCAUCCUCCUCAUCUAGAGGAGGCAAAUCUCAUUCACCUAAUUCAGGCUUGAUGGAUGCUCAAAAGCUAUUGGCUUCUAUAGCUCUCAGUAGACCGUCACCAUUUGGUGAAAUUCCACGCAGGGUAUCGCAACAACAACGAUCAACACGACACGAAGGAGAAGAGACGCUUUCAACACGAAAACGACCGGCAUCGGCACAUGGCAAUGGACAUGGUUCAGCACAAAUCUUAUCCUUUGCCACACGAAGACCUUCAGAACCGCAAAUAUCCACUUUCAUAAGCCCACCUCCGACAGCAACAUCUUCAUCUGGCAUGCAUUUACACGUACCCAUGGAUGUCAAAUUGAGCGCUUCUGAUGCAUUCGAUUAUGAUGAUGAGUGGUUAGAAGGUGGAAAGCGAUUGUAUGCAGCAUCAUCCUCUCGUGAUGGUCUUGACAGUCUUCCGCUCUCUCCCUCUUCACCUUCAGAUGAAUGGGAUGAGCGGCUAAGUGCAGCAUCUACAUCACAACCACGUUCAAGACAAGCAACCAGCAGUAGAUCUCGUGAAUCAACUUCGCCUUCCACGCCUACAUCUUCACGAUCUUCUUCCCUUCACAGGAAGCCUUCUCUGCUAAGUCAAGUCAUUUCGCCUCCGACAUCGUCAUCACAGUGUAUCGCAGUCAAUGGCCGACAGACUAUCACGCCUACACAGACGAUGGUCUCCUCUUCUGCUAAGGGCAAACAAAGCCAAAGCCUGGCAGAACGUGGUCAUUCUGUUGAAGCAACGAUGAAAGCGAAUAUGCCAGAACUAUACGCCUUCUCACGCGGAAGAAGUGAUCGUGUUAGUCCAAGCAGAAGAUGGGAUCGAAGAGGCGCCAGUGCAAGUGUUUUGUCGGCAGCUGCAACAGCAUCAGCAUUGGAUGAUGAGAAUAGCGAAAGCACAUUGACAACCUCCAAAAUCGUUCGUAAAGAAAGUGCUGGCUCGUUGGAACACGCUUUGUUCGAUUCGGACGAUGAUGGCGAGCUGUUUCAAACGUCCGAUGACGAAGAUGAAUACAAUGGCGCAGAACACGGUGAAGAAACCGUCUUGCAAAGCAGUAGACGUAGCAGCGUUGACCGCGAUCGGAGACGUGAGUUGCGUAUCCUUCUUGCUGCACCAUCCACAAGUCAAGAAUCGACUAAUGACGCGAACGAAAAGAUGAUCAGUCAUUCCUUCAGUACGGCUGCAUCGGGUACGAGUGAAGGACAUGGAUCGACGGAUGAUCGUUCGAGGAUCGUAAGAGGUAGUGCAGACAGUCAGCAUGACAAAGACUUACAAUCUUCCAAUGAUUCAAUGGUCGUGAAUAAUGUCGAUUUGGCAGAUGACGAAAGCGAUGGCAUGCUGUCUACAUCAGCUGCUUCUUUAUUGAGUAGAAGGUCGAAAAACGGCAAAAAGGCAUUACGUUCCACUUUGAAGUCUAUAUCUCCGCCAAACAGGCCUUCUUUGGAUGUGAUCGUGGCCGGCAUGACACCUUCUGAAGAACGCAAUGCAAUGGACAUUAAAGCUACAAACGAAGAUAAGAAGGAGGACGACUCUGUCACCUCUUCAUUUGUCAGCAGAUCAUCUGCAAUGUCUUCGGAGCGCAACUCUUCAAGCAUACGAGGAAUCAGUACUACGUCUGUCCCGGUGGAUGCCGAUUCAGAUCCAUUGCUCGGUCGAUCGUUUGGAAGUGUGGCAGAUAACAUGCAAGUAGAUGCAGUGGAGUGGAAUGACAACUCGAAAGCUGGGAAUGGAAGCUCUACGCCUACACUGAACGGAGAUGACACAAUUACAAGUUCGCGACGAUCUUCAGAUGUACGUAAGACUGUCGCCGAACAAGAGGAUGAACGAAGAAUGGGUUUCGCUGCUGCUUAUCAGCAAAGACUUGCUGCCCUUUCCAUGAGAUUGUGGUCAAAUGGCAAGAGUGGAAGGAGUAGAGAAAAGAGCGCAGAAGCAAGCAUUGAUUCGAAGGAAACAGCUUCUUCGAAAUCUCCCGAACGAGGUAGCGAAGCAAAGACAACAGCUGCACCUGCAGAAGCAAAUGCUAGCCUCUUCACUUCUAGCUGGCGCCACUUAGCCAUGCUUCCAAAUCUGCUCCUAGCACCUGCCUUGGGAACCGCUUCUACAAGCCAUGCCUCUGAAGGAUCUACCGCAAAUGCUCCGAAGGAAGGUGAAGAAUAUUCAUCUAUCGCUCAAGUAAUUGAGACUGCAUCUUCUCACAUUGCGCAAGGGUCAACGGAUGCACCGAAUGAUCGCGAAGCAGCUCUCCAAGCAGCCCAAAAAGCAGUCGCACAUCUUGCCAGUAAUGAUCCGAAAGCGCAUCCACCUAUGCUUGCUUCUCGUACGAUUAUUGCUAUUGAUCGUGCAUUGGAAGAAAUGCAUCAAAGUGAUAUUCCUACCUCACCAACAACACCGACUAGCAAGCAAGAUCCUCGGAAGCGAGGCGGUCGUGGUGUGAUGACACCUUUGGAAGCUGAUGCAGAUGUGAGCGCGUACGUUUCAGGAUUGGGUUUACCAAUCGAUCCAGACGUUGAAUUGAGUUCAGUUGUGCAUUUGCAAACGUUCCGAUCAGAUACUCGUGCAAGACGUGCUACUUCUGUUUCUCGUGAAAGUACAAGCGGAAUGCCUUUGGGCGUCGAAACAGAGAAGCGUGAGCACAAAAGAACAUUCUCUGAUAGUCAAAAGCAACGCUCACCGCUAAUGCAGUCAAAGAUUGUACCGCCAAGUGUACCUGCAAUCAGUGAAGGACCUUCGCAACAAAGUAAUGCAGAGGCUCAAUUCGAAAAGAUGCUUUCAAAUAAAAGAUGCAGCCGUGAACCUUUACGAGACUUUUCAUCUCGCCGAGCGGCCACCGUUCGAGCGCCAAAAUGUUCAAGACCUGCAGUUCAAGCUCCUGUUCCUGGCAACUAUUCCGCUUACAACAGCUCUGCAUCUGAUGAAGAUAUGCAGAGCGAUAAAGAAGCGGCCAAGAAUAAAAGAGAUGACAGACGUAGCAGGCGCGACGGAUCUGUUAGAGAUAAUGACGAUUCGAGAGGACGCGGUCGGGCGUCGGCAAAACGAUCUACUUCGCCUUCAUCACAACAGCAAUGUGCUAUCGGCUUGUUCUCUUCAUCUUCUUCCAAUGUGUCACGUUCAAGAUCUGGUCGUCCAGGUCGUAAAUCAGGUCACAGUACACCUACCGAAGAGAGUGCUUCCUUUGUUUUGCGUGUUCGAAGUAGCCCAAAUCUGUCGGCUAUGAAAUCGGAAGAAGAAGUCAAGACGGCAACCUCACAAGCAGAGGAGGAGGAGCAAGAAGAAGAGUCACGCCGAAGUACCAAACGAGAACGAGAUGAAGGAAAAGAUUCAGGUCGCGCCGGCGGACGUCGACGUGGUCGUGGUGAUGGUGUGAAACGUGUUUCUGCCAGUUUUGCUGAUGGAAGCGUGACGCCGCCUCGUGCUUCUACCACGUUAAUUCGAAGCAAUUCUAUGAGCGAUUUGCCUUUAUUGAAUGCAAAGUUGAUUGCAUCUUCUGUUCAUGCAUCAAGCUUGGCAAGCAAUGGUGCUACGGUCACAAGCGUGAGCAAAUCCUUAUCAACAUCCUCAAACGGUACCUCUCUUAUGUCCAACAGUCAUUCGAGCUCAUCAGCAGCAGAUGCUGCCGUACGUAUGCCAAUCGUCGGAGCGGGCAAUAUCCCUCAUCUUGCCGGUCGUCCAAGUAUGGUUUCCAAUGGAGCCCACCUUUUGAUGUUGAGCUUGGAAUUGGAAAUGAUGAGGAAUCGAAAGAUCACCGGAAGUUUGAAACCACGCUGGUUGAAAGCAAGGAUGAGAACUGAACCUUUUGGACCUGCUGCGAUCGUUGCAAUGUUGGCGGCUGAACGUCAAAAUGCAGCUGCAGCUCUUUCUACUUCUGAAAGUGGCGCAGAAACGAAACCAGACGACGAUACAGAUGCGCUUACGCACAAACCUCAUUCACACACCCAUCCGCACGAACAUAAAGCACACAUUGGAUUGCACACCGCGCACCAUUCUGCUAUUCAUCAUGGCCCGCACCACAACCAUAAUCAGCAACAUAAGAACCACCAUCAUGGCAAGCAUGCCAUCGAUGGAAGUCUAGGCUAUAACCAGCCAAAGAAUCGAAGUUCGCUCCGAUUCGAAUUAGAGUAGAGAUGUCGUUUACAGCUCUGUCUCUGUAUUAUACCUGUAUUUCUAGAUUCUCUCUUUCUGCAUGACAAUCUUGUAAUCGUAUACCUUUUGAUUGAAACGAGAAUACAUACUGUACAAC